AAUUUAUUCGUUUAUUUCAGCUAUUGGUCAUGAUCAAGAAAUUCAUCAGUGUAUUGAAAUUUUAUCAAGACAAACAAAAAAUAGUCUUUUAAUUGGAGAACCGGUAAAAAUUGAAUUUAAUUAUUUAUUUUGUUUAAUAAAUGAAUGAAAUUUUUUUAAAAAGGGGGUUGGAAAAAAGCUAAUGUUAAAAGUUUAGCAUAACGUAUUAUAUUCAUCAAGAUGUGCAUGAUAUAUUAUUAAAACGUUUAAUUGAAUUAGAUUUAAAGGCAUUAUUUGGUAAGAUUUAUAAUAUAUUUAGGAAUGUUUAAUCAACAUAGACGAAAAACUUUGUAAAUAAUCGUAUUAUGAAAGAAGUAAAAUGAUUUUAGAUUCUCUGUUUAAUGAUAUUAAAAGUCAACUGUUGAAAUUUCAAUAAUAUAUUUUUCCUAUCAUGAUUCAACUAUUUCCAAAUAUUUCUAAUUGAAUCUAAUAAUAAACUAUUCAUCUUUAAACAUCAUUAAAAUAUUUACUUUUCAUAACAUAAAUUUAAUAAAAAUCUAAAAAUGAAUAAAACUUGAAAGAACAAAUAGAAAAAGUUCAGAAAUAUAUUCUAUCGAUAGUGGCCUAUCUAACAGUAUUUACCGAUCAUGAUUGAUAAUCUUAUAGAGAAUAUGAAGUCUAUUCAAAUAUCAAAAAUCUUUUCUAAGAUCAAUUGAAAUUAUGAUCUUUGAUAACUGUUAAUUAAAUUAUUUUUGACUUAGAAACUUAAUAUGUAUAUGUUAUUAAUAGAAAUAUUUUUUUAAAAUUGAAAUAUAUCAAUAUAAUUAAAUAUUUAAUUUAAUAAAAUAUUUUAGAUGGUGCAAGGCAUCGUGAUGAAUUAAAAGAACGUCUUAAAUCAAUUUUAAAAGAAAUAAAAAAAUUCAAUGGUGGUAUUAUGCUAUUUAUUGAUCAAAUAGAUUUAUUAUUUGAUGUUGAAAAUCAAAAACCCAGAUCAAUUGAUACGAUCGUUUACGACCUUAUAGGUGGACGCAGUUAUACGGCCCUAUCAUAA